AGGGCUUGGUUGGGCCGAUAUAUUGCAGAAAUUUGGAGUGGCAUUUACAAUACAAACACGAUUACAAAAAGUUUUAUUCUAUUCUACAAUCUUAAGUUUACAAUCCGUGUAGAAUACGCUUUACAGCAUCUUUUUGAUAUCUGUGGUUUGGCCAUCCUAAAAAUAAAUAUUGUCUAUGGUGCAGUCUCCAAAUUGGUGUGGUGGUCGAUUCAUCAAUAUUUUUCCAAGAUUUGUGUGCUGAAUAAAGGCGGGAAGAGCUAUUUCUCAAUUAAAACCUUCAAAAAUGAGCGUAGAAGAAGAUGUUAUGAAAAUACAAAAGAAAUUGACCAAAAUGACAUCGGAUGAUGGCACGGGCCAAGAGGAAGCAUUGGAGUUACUUAAAACCCUGCAGACUAUGGCUAUCAACCUGGAUGUGCUGACUAAAACAAGAAUAGGCAUGACUGUUAAUGCUCUUCGUAAGUCAAGUAAGGAUGAGGAAGUAAUAUCUCUCUGUAAAACUCUCAUUAAAAAUUGGAAAAAGUUCUUGUCCGCGCCUAAUACUCCGUCCAAGGAGUCUGGAGGGUCAUCUAAGUCUAAGAAAGAUUCUGGGAGAGACAAGGAUAAGAAAGAUGACAAGGAAAAAGACAGAAAACUGCCCCAAUCAUUUCCACCUCAGUCAAACACAACUGAUGCUGUAAGACUCAAGUGCAGGGAACUGCUCACUAGUGCACUCAAGGUAGAUGGAGAAAACCCCAAUUCUUGUGGAACCCCCGAAGAGCUUGCUGAAGAAUUGGAAGAAUGCAUAUAUGGUGAAUUUAAGAACACAGACAUGAGAUACAAAAACAGGGUGAGGUCGAGAGUAGCCAAUUUAAAAGAUCCUAAGAACCCGACCUUGCGCACAAACUUCCUCAAUGGUGUUAUUUCUGCUUCUCGGCUAGCUAAGAUGACUCCGGAAGAAAUGGCCAGUGAUGAAAUGAAGAAACUAAGAGAGAAAUUCAUCAAAGAAGCUAUUGAUGAUGCUCAAUUGGCCACGGUACAAGGCACCAAAACUGAAAUGCUUAAAUGCGGGAAGUGCAAAAAGAAGAAUUGCACUUACAACCAGCUGCAGACCAGAAGCUCUGAUGAACCUAUGACCACUUUUGUUCUCUGUAAUGAGUGUGGUAACCGCUGGAAAUUCUGCUAAGACUGCUUUUAAAUCUGUAGACGAAUAUUGUGUCAAUGUAUGAUGUAUCUUAUCAUACAAUGUUUUACUAUGAAUUAUGAAUUUGUUUUUUUUCUAUUUUACUUGUGACCUUACUGCUAACUUUGACAGAGGAAUCACAUUGAGUAGAUAAGGCAUUCUUAGUUUAAUACUAAUAAAUUAAUAUGCUUAUGUAAGUGAAA